GCUGACGUCUCCUGAUUUUGCGGUAGGCGGUAACUCCAGGACAGGAGGUGGCGCUUUUCUACACCGACGUUGGUGACCCUCUUCUCGUUUUUACAUUGAAGACGAUUCAGCUGGACCGGUAAUAGUGUGAAAACAACAACUAAAAUAGAGAAUGAAAAUAUCUCGAAUAUUACUUUGAAUUUGUUAUUUUCCGGCGUUUGUAAAGUCCCGGCGGAUUAUCUGAAGUUGAAAACCAUGGAGCCAUCGACAGCGCCCAAAAGCAAGCUGAAGAAACUGAGUGAAGACAGUCUCACAAAACAACCAGAGGAGGUUUUUGAUGUUCUGGAAAAACUUGGUGAAGGGUCCUAUGGCAGUGUAUUCAAAGCCAUUCACAAGGAGUCGGGACAGGUGGUGGCCAUUAAACAGGUUCCUGUUGAGUCAGACCUGCAGGAAAUCAUCAAAGAGAUCUCUAUCAUGCAGCAAUGUGACAGUCCCUAUGUGGUUAAGUACUAUGGCAGCUACUUCAAGAACACUGACCUGUGGAUAGUGAUGGAGUACUGUGGGGCGGGGUCAGUUUCUGACAUCAUCAGACUGCGCAACAAAACGCUCACCGAGGAUGAGAUCGCCACCAUCCUGAAGUCCACACUGAAGGGCCUGGAAUACCUGCAUUUCAUGAGGAAGAUCCACAGAGACAUCAAAGCAGGAAAUAUUCUGCUCAACACCGAGGGCCACGCCAAACUGGCUGACUUUGGAGUCGCGGGACAGCUUACGGACACCAUGGCAAAGCGCAACACAGUGAUUGGGACUCCGUUCUGGAUGGCUCCGGAGGUGAUCCAGGAGAUUGGAUACAACUGUGUAGCAGACAUCUGGUCUCUGGGCAUCACCUCCAUAGAGAUGGCUGAGGGAAAGCCCCCAUACGCUGAUAUACAUCCCAUGAGGGCCAUUUUCAUGAUCCCAACCAACCCCCCUCCGACGUUCAGGAAGCCGGAGCUAUGGACAGAUGACUUUACUGACUUUGUGAAGAAAUGCCUGGUAAAGAACCCAGAACAGAGAGCUACAGCCACCCAAUUACUUCAGCAUCCAUUCAUCACGGCAGCCAAACCUGUGAGCAUCCUCCGAGACCUGAUCACAGAGGCCAUGGAGAUGAAGGCUAAGAGACAACAGGAGCAGCAGAGGGAGCUGGAGGAGGAAGAUGACAACUCUGAUGAGGAGGUGGAGGUGGACUCUCAUACUAUGGUGAAGUCUGGUUCGGAGGGGCCUGGGACCAUGAGAGCCACCAGUACCAUGAGUGACGGGGCCCAGACCAUGAUAGAACAUGGCAGCACUAUGUUGGAAUCGGACCUGGGAACCAUGGUGAUCAACAGCGAUGAGGAGGAGGAGGAGGAGGACAGCCAACAAGGAUCUAUGAGACGACACGCCACACCCCAGCAACCUCUGCGCCCAUCCUUCAUGGACUACUUCGACAAGCAGGACUCCAAUAAGGCCCACCAGGAGAGUUACAACCACAACCAGCAGGACCCCGGCUUCCACAUCAGCCAGGCCAAGAACGUCUUCCCUGACAACUGGAAGGUUCCACAGGAUGGAGACUUUGACUUUCAGCUGAAGAACCUGGACUUUGAAGAGCUUCAGUUGCGCCUGACGGCUCUGGACCCGAUGAUGGAGCGAGAGAUUGAAGAGCUCCGGCAGCGUUACACCGCCAAGCGACAGCCCAUCCUGGACGCCAUGGAUGCCAAGAAACGUCGGCAGCAGAACUUCUGACGUACUGGACCAGGGGAAGGCAGCCAUUUUGACGCGGACCCAUUUCCAUGCUGCAUUUUAGUCAUAGGAUCAGGUCUCUUUCCAUGUUCCAUUUAAAAAAAAAUGAUAAUCCAGAAGUUAAAACUGAUCCAAAAUCAUCCUUCAGGGUUACAGUACUUCUGAGGGUCUGACGUUAGGCGUUAUGACCUGUUUCUGGUUGAGGACUGAAGACCUGGCUGCAUCCGAACCCCCCCCCCCCUUUCCCCCAUGUCCUCCAUUCACCCCCCCUCCCCCAUGUCCUCCAUUCACCCCAGUAUUGUCCUUCCCAUGGUUCCCUGUUCCCUUGACUAGUCGUCCUGUCAUGGCUUCAAGUUUAAUCCUGACAUCCCUCUUAACUUUAAACCUUUAGGAAGGCUUACAUCCCAAAGUAUGAUUAACAUUAGAUGUUCCUAAAGUCCUCAGUGACCACAUCUGUCUGGGUUUCAACCAGCUCUGCUCCGGCUGCUGGGACAUGUUACUGUACCUCUACUAUUCCUGCCUGUUGAUACAUUCCUCUGACUGCCUGAGUGGCAGGGGAUGACUUGCUUUAGCCUGGUCCAGUAGAGGUUUGUGCUGUCACACCACUCCUCGUCAAGAGCACGAAUACACUGGUCCCUAGGCUAGAGUGACCUGUGGCAUGUUUGAUGUUGUCUAGGUGUUAUGAGGAAGUAAUGCCUCAGGAGGUCUGCUGAAUGCUCACUACACACAACUGUGCUGUAUUGGUUGUCUACCUGGGAUCAUGUGGUGUUAUAAACUGGUUGCCAAUCGUUAAAACAAGCGAUUUAGUGAAAAUAAACAGUUUUCAACCCUAAUUUGCUCUAAGCUGUGGUAUGAAUGCCACAAUUAUGACAAAAUAUUUUUUUCUGUUCAAAUGCCAUUGGUAAUUGGUUUAUAACAGCAAUAACGUAUCUGAAGGGUUUGUGCUAUAUCGACAAUUUACCACAGUUUAGAGCUGAAUCCUGGCACUCCUUGGGUCGUUCCUAAGAACUGCCGUAGUAUAUUGGCCAUAUACCACAUCCCCUUGGGCCUUAUUUGCUUCCAGGAAGUCAGUGUCCAAACCCAAAUAACCCGGUUUAUAAUCCAGGUAUGUAUCAUAGUACACUGUGGAGUUCAUUUCCUCCAUUGACAUGUAUUGAAAUGGAACCGGCUCCACACCUGGAAAGGAUUUUAGGACAUUAGGAUUUUCUGUGGAGGCGUUCUCCACGACCAAAGACAAUCUUGAUAAGUACAUUUUAGAAAGCCUUAAAAGAAUGGGAGUGAUAUUUUUUUGAGUGUAUUCUUACGAUCUGAUUCAUCAGAGUUUCUCCAAGUGCUGUCAAGACAUAAAGGCCGGACAGACGUUAUGAAGGUGAUCUUAUGUAAACCAUGACGUUAACUUUGUCCAUUGGAUCUUCUGUUAGUUGUACAUUGUUCUGUUUGAUAUUCUGAAACAAAACUACAGUACUAUAUAGUUAACCUCUUUCCUCUAAUGAAGACAGACAACCUUUAUUUUCUUUGUAACCUAACCUCAGCUGUAGAAAUGGAAGAAUUCCUUUGUCUGGC